AUGUCUGCCAAGGAGACGGACUGGCACAUGGACAAGGGCCACAGGACUUUGAGGAAAGGUGGUGAGUCCCUGACCGCAUGGGUCGGGGGCUCCCUCGGCCUGCCGCCGCAGCACCUGGGCUGGCUGCGUCUCUGGGAGGAGGGGGCCCAGUGCGGGGACUGCCUCCCGGCUCUCUGCCCUCCGGUCCGGCCCGGAGGCUGCCCGGCCGGCAGGGUGAGAGACCGCUGCGACUGCUGCGAGCGAUGCGCCAACGGCGCGGGCCAGAGGUGCGACCCGGACGCGGCGCAGGAGUUCUACGGCCGCUGCGGAGAGGGGCUGGUCUGCCUGAGGAAGGCGGCGAGGAGGGGGCACAGCCGGGCCAACCCGGAGCCCGCAUGCGCCUGCCGGGAUAAGGGCAGAGUGUGCGGGUCAGACGGGUGGACCUACCCUAACCUCUGCCAGCUGAAGGAGGCCUCCAGCCGCAGUGAGAGAGGCAUAAGGGUGGUAGGAGCGGGAACCUGUCGAUCUGCCCCACGCAUCCUCCGUGGCCCCAGACACACGUCCAACUCCACGGGCAGCGGCGUGGUGUUUGGGUGCGAGGUCUCGGCCUAUCCUCUCCCCAGUGUGACCUGGAAGAAGAGAGGGAGCCACUAUUUCUUGCCGGGGGACCAUCCUCGCAUCUCUGUUCAGAUGAGGGGUGGUCCCCAACGUUACUCUGUCUCUACCUGGCUGCAGAUAGAGGGUCUCCAGCUAUCAGAUGCGGGAGUCUACUCUUGCAUUUCCCAGAAUGCCUUGGGAGAGACUUCCGCGACUGGAAAGCUUACAGUGCUCAGGCAGGGGUCGAGGAGGACAAAGGGUCACCUGAAGGAGGAAGAGAAGGAUCACAUUGUUGUCUUGGAGGACGGCAGUGAAGAUACACAACCACAAUCUGGACAACAUGGACUAGAGAGACUAGAGACACUGUAGCUCAAAUGAAAUGGGAAAUGAGUGGAGUAGAAGGAGGGAUCCUUGAAAAAUUACGUCAAGGUAAAACAAGAAAAGAAAGAUAAAUAUAAUUCAGGAUGAUCAAAUGUGGAUGUUGCAACAACUCACAACACCAGAGGGCGUUGUAUAUCAAGGACUAGAGCACAGGAUUAAUUAAUCAAAACUUUAUAGAAAUGGUACUCCAAAAGGCACCCCUUUUUUACGCCGAACAUAAUUGAUUAAAAUCGAUGUAACCGGGGUAUACUGACCCAACAUCAACUCGCACUUCUUCAUCUAGCAUCACACGCACGCACACACACACAUACACACAUAGACUCAGACACAGACACACACACACACACACACACACACACACACACACAGACACACACACACACACAUACACACACACAAACACACACACCUCUGGGUUUCGCCUUCCUCCAGGUUUUCAAAGCAAACAUCCUCCUGGAUGAACGUGAUGCAAAUGUGGUGGCGCCGAGUGCCCUCGCCCCUCGCGCACCACGUGGCUGGCCUCCUCCGGCAGCGGACACUUCUUGCACCAGCUUCCGCUCCUGACGGAUCAGGAACGGUCCAAGAGGAAUGAGAGAGAGGGGGUCAUAAUCCCAAAGAAAUGUCUGAAUAGGUCUUCUGGUUAAUGAUUGACAAACUUUAAAUUGGAAGAGGGGAAAACAUGCCUCAGAAAAGAUGUUCAGACAGGAAACUAUUUCGAUGAUUCAUAAGCUAGUGAAUCAGCAUCAGCAGCAACUCAGCAUUAAUGAGAAACAAACAUUUGUGUAAAUAGCUUAUCACUGGAAAAGAAAAUUCCAUUUUCUUUACAAUGUUCUUAUAUGACUGAAAAUAA